UUUCUUCUUUUUGCAACACUAGUUGUUCAGGGGAGUGUCUUGCGUUAUUAAUGCUGAGUGGCUCCGGCAACUACUGCGGUUCAAGGUCGUUACUCAUCCGCUGCUACUGCAGGAGACACGGGAGCGCUGAGCCAGGGCUGUUCAUCCAACCCUCUUGGUCCUCCCAGGCCAGCAGGAUGAAGGGCCCUAGGCAAACAUUCCUUAAUUUAUUCUGCAUCCUCUGGCUCUUGCUUCUGCCGAAGGCUGCCUCUUCCUCUGCUCUACCCCAUGAAAAUGAACGACCACCCCCUUCACUCCCCAUUGGGCUGUACAAAGGACAGACCUGUGUUGGAUGCGUGCUUGUGGUGUCUGUAAUUGAACAACUUGCACAAUGGCACAACAGUACAGUAAAGGCAGCCGUGGAGAGACUGUGCAACUACAUACCUGAAAAAGUGCAAGGUUUCUGUUACUUACUUGCUGAACUUUAUGGAUCACACAUAGCUGAACUCAUAGCCAGGGAAAUGAAUGCUGAUGUGGUUUGCCAUUCCUUGAAGCUGUGUAAACAGGAUCCAGGACAACCGCUUUGUCAUCUCUACCCUCCUCCAAAGGUAGGACUGAGAACUGCAAUAAAAAAGGCAAGAAGAAUUAUGAAGACUUCCAAGGACCUGAAAAGCUUCAUGGGGUUCUCAAGUAUUUGUACAUUUCCUCUUCUGGCUAACCUGUGUGAGAAGAUUAAAUAUGUUAUAAGAAAUAAACUGCCUUUUGAAGAUUUUGAUGGAGAUAAAUUUAGUACUUUCCCAACACUGAGGGGGUAUCACUGGCGAGGCAGAGACUGCAAUGACAAAAACACCACUGUGUACCCUGGCAGACGUCCUGAUAACUGGGAUGUGAAAAGUGACUCUAACUGCAAUGGCAUAUGGGGUGUGGAUCCAAAAGAUGGAAUUCCCUAUGAGGAGAAAUUCUGCAAAGGUGCAGGCUCACGAGGGGUUGUGCUGUUGGGAGACUCGGCCGGCGCUCACUUCCACAUCCCUCCCGAGUGGAUGACCGUCACGGAGAUGUCAGCGAAAUCAUUUGCUAAUCUCCCAAUGGCUUUCAGCGACGAGCUUGACUGGCCCCAGUUCUCAGAGAUCACUGGAUUUCUGAAUUCCACCAUCGGAGGCUGGACAGACUCUCUGUAUCUACGUUUACGCAAGAGAAAUCGCUGUAAUCACAGAGACUUACAGAACAUUUCCCAAAAUGGUGGUUCUUCUGGAAACCUCCUCUAUUUAAUAAAAAGCUUGGCCAGAAACCAGCUGUUGGACAAUCCAGCCAUAGUUAUCUAUGCUACAAUUGGGAAUGAUGUCUGCAAUGGGAACCGUGACACGCUGGCCCACAUGACCACACCCAAAGAAAUGCUCUCCAACGUGAUGCAAGCCCUGCGAUACCUGGACUCCCGUCUUCCAAACGGCAGCCACGUGAUUUUAACAGGCUUGGUAGAUGGUCGCUUCCUCUGGGAUAACCUGCAUGACAGAUACCAUCCUCUAGGGCAGCUGAACAAGGAUGUCACAUACAGUCAAAUUUAUUCUUUCCUUGACUGCCUCCAGGUGAGCCCCUGCAGCGGCUGGCUGACCCCCAAUGAGACCCUCAGGAAUUUGACCUCAGAGAGAGCUUUACAACUUUCCAACGUCCUGAAAGAAAUAGCGAGAUCUGAGAAAUUUGCCAACUUUGAUAUUUUCUACAUGGAUUUCCCACUGAGACAAACGGCUGAGGAGUGGCGCAAGAUGGGAGGUGAGCCCUGGCAGCUGAUUGAACCGGUCGAUGGCUUCCACCCCAGUCAGAUUGCUGCAGCCCUUGGAACAAGCAUUACCUGGCAGAAGGCGCUACAUGAAUGGCCUCAAGUGCUUGGAAAGGAGAAUCCAUUCAAUGACCAGAUUGAAGCUAUAUUCAAAGAUCAAGGUGGACACUGACUUUCAAACUGCCAGAGCCAUAAUGUGAUUUAUGGUGAUGCUUCCCAGUGCAUUCCACGAGUCAAGAUGAUUAAAGACACACACUAAAAAAGGGGGAGGGGAAGUUAUCAGAGCCAGUAGCAGCGGACAUAGAACAACAGCAUUCUUUUCAGUUUGUAUCUCACCUGCACAAGUAGGCUAUGCUUUUUCUGUGGAGCUACAAAAAUAAAAAUCAAAGGAUACCUGCCAGCUAGACCAUUUAUUGUACCAAUUUGCAAAUCCAUAGAUUUUUUUUCUAUAUAUAGCAAACUUCUAGCCCUACCUCAUUUUUUCCCCCCUGCAAAACAUUAUUACUUGACUUUCCAUUUGUACUGUUUCAAUGGUUAAUCUGAUCCAAAAGGAGUGAGGGGAACCUCAAACUCAUUAUGUUGCUAUAAAUUGUGUGUAUGUAAUUGCCCCUGACUGUCAAUACAUUAUUUAGCUGCUAUUUGCUUAUUAAAACGUGCCAGGAAUAACAAGGCACUACAAUUUUGAUUUGCCUGGCAGCAUUAGCACAGGCUGACUGAGCACAGGUGCUCUUCCCCCCAUUAAUAAGAUACUAACUUGACAACCCUUCAUGUAUUGAAAACAGGUUGCUUUUUCAACCUGUAAUAUAUCUUUGCUCUUUAGCUUCCUAACAAAUAAUAUGCCCAGUCCUACGUCUUUUACAGGCAUGACCCAGGAACCACUGAAAAUACUGGGCAGCCCUUACCUGCUCUACUUCAUAGAUGGAUUUGAACAUUGAGAAUUACUGUAUUUUUUCACCAGCUUAUCCGUGUUCUUAACAAAAUAUAUAAAUAAAUAUUUAAAAAUUAGAGACAGCUCUACCCUAUUCACAACCUUACUGAUGAUGGAAGGAUCAGACAGCAUAAAAUGGCAUUAAUUACAGGUGGAAAAAAAAUCUGGUAAAUAGAAAGCUUAAACAUGACAUGACUGAAGCUCACCCUGAUUGGCCAAAGCUCAGGUAGACCUGAGCUCUGCUCUUUGUUCUGAGCAUAUCCCUUGUAUGAGGCCGUGCCACCCGUGAGGCAGCUCUCAGGCUGUGGUCCGAACCAAAGGAGAUGCCUGGCGCUAGGAGAUGCACCUGCUCAGCAUUUUGAAUAGGCAGAGGAUGACUUGGCUUAUAUUCUUUUGAUUGAAGCGUGCAUUAUUGCUUCGCUAGAUCCUAUGCCUUUUUUUAGAGCACAGUCAAUGCCGUGUCUUUUAUUAAGAUAGCAGUAAUCCCACAGGAACAUCUAACACUUAAGUAAAUAUUCACGUCACCUACUUUAGGAAACCAAAAGGGAAUACAUUCCUUAAUUGAAUGAUACUUGUUAAUAAGGCCCCAAUUCAUUCAAGGCAUUUAGAUCUUACCAAAAUAUCCAGUCUCCCAAGAAGUAGUUUCAACUCCAGAGAGUCGUGCCUGGGGAUAUUUAGAGUUAGAAGGAAAUCUCCCUGUUUUCUGUGCAAAUUCUUUCCAAACAACGUAACAUUCCAUGCACUCUGGCCAGGUAGAACACCUUCUAUUUUUUAUUACCUAUUCAGGCCUCUUAUGUUUCACUAAAUAUAACACAAGGACAGAAACAAGUGCAUCCACAUGGUUUUACUAUAGACCAACUACAGCACCGGCAAUAAUUACAGAAUAUCAGAUGAUUUCCUCUACACUAACAUACAGAAGUGUAGCAGUUAAAAGGGGGAAGGGAAUCCUGUUUAGAAGCCUAAUUUUCAAGGCAAUUUCAUUGCAAAUUAUUGUAUUUCAUUUGAGGCUUAAUAACACCAAUUAAGAGUUUUACAAACUAGUAAAACUGAAAUUUCCUCAGCUAAAAUGAGCUUCGUUGCCCAGAGCAAAGCGUUUUUCACUUAGAGACUUUCUUAUUAGUGAACUUCUUGAAUUUCCAAACAAUGGGGAAAAAAAACAGGUUUUAUACAACUGUGACAACUUCUCAGAAAAACCUGAAACCAUAGCUGAACCACAAAACAAAGCUCCAAGGUUUGCCCAGUGCCAUUGCUCCAUGCUGGAUAUGGGGUUUCUGAGGGACACCAAGGAAUGGGCUUGCCUCCAGCUGGAGUUGCACUGACCGAAACACGUGCCCCCAUACUUUAGAGCUGAGCUCUGCAGCUCCAAAUUGGGCUGUAUGCAGAAACUUGAUUUGCAAUGCAGUAACUAUCUGCGAAUAAAGAUGAAUUUUGGGCCUAUUGUGCCAUCAGCUUUUACAACCACUGUGUUUAUUAUUUCAAAUGCAAAAAACAGCUGAAGAUCUGCACCCCCCAACCAUCAAUCACUUACCAGUACCACUCUAAAAAUAUAUGUCUUAUGCUUAAAAAAAUGCUGCUGAAAAAGCUUACUUAUGCUAAAGCAGUAAUGAACUACGAAUUCUAGUCUAUUGCAUUAGUUUAACUGUCUCCUGGUGCUUAGAUUGGUUGAAGAUGACAGAUACAUGGGGAAGAGAGAAGUAAACAGGAAACAAAAAGUUUAUCUCUGAAAGCCAAGUAUAGUUCCGUGCAAUUCAAACUUUACAGCAAUACGUAUUUCUAGAAGGAAUGAUCUGUCAAGGUCUCUUUGGAGGGGAGUCCGAGCAUGUGAAUACAGCAGGGAUUAUGUCACUGGCUGGGUCCGACACACUGCAAAUUGAAAGGGUUUUUUUGACUUUGCUCUGUAAAUGGUUUUUACAAAACUUAGAGCUUUGUUUGAAAUCAGACAGUAGGAACUGUUUUUGAGGUAUAGAACAUUCAAAGCUACCUAAAGCUAUCUGAAUUCUCACAGCCUGGCCCCUUUAAAAAGGAACUGCUACAAACAUGGAAAAAAAAUGUCACCAUUGUUUUGCAAAAUCCUCAGCUCACCCUUAAAAGAGCAGAGGAGCAUGGGAGGAGGUGGCACGCAGCAGUGCAAGGCCCUAAAGCUGUGAGUGCAAGCUUGCCCCUAAGCUGGCACCCCAUGCUUCUGCUGGCUACAGUAGCCCUUGUCCUCACCACUGAGAGCCUGUGCCCAGAACUCAGCACACAGGUGAGCUUUUCUAAUUUACAGCACCUGUUACACUUUUUACCUUUCUCUGAUAAGGGAUAACUACUUUUUGGCCAUUGAACAAACACAGAUUGGUUUCUACGAUGGAUAAUAGCCCAAUCAACCUAAAUAAAAACAGGUUGUUCCCUUGGAUACAUCCAAUCCUGUUCGUAGCACCUUUCUGUGGACUCAUUUGAUAAUUCUAUAUUUAAUGAUUUUUAAGAUCAACUUGGAAGUCUAAGAAGACAGCCUCCCAUAUAUCCAGCAUGAAAUUUACCCUUGCACUGUGCAGGUCAUGUUACUCUGUUAUUCUGCUGCCCUGUCUCUGUCACUAGAGAAAAGAACAAUCUCUCCUCUUCAUAUCUGAUGAACUGCUGGACAUGGACAACCUGGCCUCCCACUACAAAAUUUGGUGUUAGCUACCUCCAAUGCCUCAAAUUAUCUUCUCAAACAAAGUCAAAUUUUGUGAUACACAUACAAAAUAGAAUCCUUUCUCAAACACUGUGUGGAUCCUAGCACUUCUUCUUUAGCCUACAAACUAGUGUUUCAAAUGCAUAGAAAAUGCUAUGAAAAAAGCAGGUGUUUUAUUUUUUAUUUUAAAUGAAUAAAAUAAAUCUCAAUACAUAGUUUGGAAAUAUUUAGAGACAUAAAAGAAAAAGAAAACAAUUUAAAAGCAAGUACAAAAGUGGCAGGAUGAAAACAGCAUAAGCUAACAGAAUUUAGUGUUUUGAGUGUGAAUAUGUAACAGCAGUAGCAAUUUUAAGUAUUCCGCUACCGCAUUUACAGUAGUGAAGUAGUGAGCUGGUAUUUCACUAAGCCCAGUGAAAAGCUGUGAAAACUGCAAGUUUUAACUGAGAAAUUUUGCCAUUUUGGUGGGUCUCAAGUACUGCUUUUAUAUGUAUUUGCGCACAUCUCUGUCAAGGGGAGGAAGACCCGUACUUUCGGCCAGCGGAGUAUUAGUUGGUACAUAGCAGCUUUGUAAAGUCUUAAUAUUUAAAAAAAAAAAACAAACAAAAACCAAAA